AUUCUUCAGAUUCAUCACUCAAAAGUAUUAGAAGUGCACAAAAAAAAUUUGCAAGAAUAAAUGAUAAAAGUGGUAAAAAACCUACACAAGUACGACAAAUUACCCAAUCACGAAACCAACAGUCAUCACCUUAUUUCCGUAACGCAUCGCGUUCUAUCGAGC